AUGUCUCACUCUCACGAAGGAGGUCCAUCCCACUCUCACGACCAUCCAGCUGGUGACCAUGGCCAUACUCAUGAGAUUCUCGAUGGACCUGGUAGUUACAUGGGGAGAGAAAUGCCAAUCAUAGAGGGCAGAAAUUGGUCUGAGAGAGCUUUUACUGUUGGUAUUGGAGGACCUGUAGGUUCCGGCAAAACAGCAUUGAUGUUAGCACUCUGCAAUGCCCUCAGGGAAAAAUACUCAAUCGCAGCCGUUACCAAUGAUAUCUUUACCCGAGAAGACGCUGAGUUCCUCACCAAACACAAAGCCCUGCCUGCAUCCCGUAUUCGUGCCAUCGAAACCGGUGGAUGUCCCCAUGCAGCUGUGCGUGAAGAUAUCUCGGCCAACCUUGCUGCUCUUGAAGAUCUGCACCGUGAAUUCACUUCCGACAUAUUACUCAUCGAAUCAGGAGGUGAUAACUUAGCCGCUAAUUACUCGAGAGAGCUGGCGGAUUACAUCAUCUACGUCAUUGAUGUCAGUGGAGGUGACAAGAUCCCCAGAAAAGGAGGCCCAGGAAUCACUCAGAGUGAUCUUUUGGUGGUGAACAAGACAGAUUUGGCCGAAGCCGUGGGUGCAGAUUUGGAUGUUAUGGAUAGGGAUGCGAGAAAGAUGAGAGAAGGAGGCCCGACUGUCUUUGCUCAGGUCAAAGGAGGAGUCGGAAUGGAGCAUAUUAUUGGUUUAAUUGAGAGCGCAUGGAAGGGCAGUGGAGCCGAGAGGGUCAGCAAAGAAAGAGGUGGCCCAAACCCCACAGAGGGUUUGGAGCAAUUGAAGUAA